AUAGAGUAUAUUCAUAAGCAUUAGAACUCAUUGGUUAUCCUUUUUAUCAUUGAACGCAUAGAUCGUUUACUUUAGAUAAUAAUAUUUUACAGAAUUAAAUUUUUUAUAAAAAAUAGUAUUGAGUAUUGACACAGAAAUCUUAUGCUAUAGGCUUCAGAAUUAUGCGCAAUUGGUAAUUUUAUUUAUCUAGUAGCCACUGCUUUAUACUACGUUAUAAUUAUUUAAGAAAACUUAAAUUUUUAAUUAACAUGUGUUCGUAAACGCGUAACAAUGGACAAUUUUUCAAAAUCAUUGGAUAGUUUUUUAAAAAAUAAAUUUAUUCGAUAUGGAUUACCAUUUAUUUUAUUAGUUGUUGGAGGAUCAUUUGGCUUAAGAGAAUUUUCACAGAUUCGAUAUGAUUAUCGAAAAGUUAAGUUCAUUAGUCCAGAAGAACUUAAGAAACAAGGUAUUGAAAUGAAACCUCGUGGCAGCGUCACAAUAGAAACUGAAUAUAAAAAGCUUCUGGAACAAGUUAAUCUUGAAGACUAUGAAAAUAAGAGAAUACCAAGACCACCUGGAUUUGAAGACUGACUUAAAACUAUGUUAAAAAACUGUUUUAGUAUGUUUUUAUUCUAAUAAAUAACAAAUAAUUAUGUUAUAAUAUAAUAA